AAGUGAUGAUCGAGGCAGUAGAGAACCAUAUGUUUCAGGUGAUCAUCGUUGAUGAGAUCGGCACAGAAGCUGAGGCGCUUGCUUGUCGUUCCAUUGCUGAGCGGGGAGUGAUGCUAAUUGGCACUGCUCAUGGAGAACAGCUCCAGAACAUCAUAAAGAAUCCUACUCUUUCAGACUUGACUGAAAAGAGUGUUGAUAUGUUGCUUCGAGGAAGAAACCCCAUGGUUGAGGUACACAAUAACUGAAUAUACAUAAUGAUGGUUGAUCGGUUGAGAUGUAAAGGGAACUGAUUUGACUUGUGUAGGCUAUUAUAACUAUGGUUUUCGAUUUCUAGGUAAGGAGAAGAGAUGAGGAGUUCAACGUAGUGAUAGAAAGAUGGAAGUCAUACGAUUGACAAGGCAUC